GGGCGUGGCCUCGCGCGCUCAGCCGGUCCGGGAGCUCCGCGCGCUGCCCCCAAAAACCCGAAACCCCCUCUAAAAACACCCCAAAACCCGCCCGGGACCCCCUCAAAACCCACCUCGAGAGCCCCCAACCCCCGCGGAGCCCGCGAUGGUGUCGCUGCUCUGCUGCGGGCCCAAGAUGGCGGCCUGUGGGCUGGUGCUCAGCGCCUGGGGCGUCGUGAUGCUGGUGCUGCUGGGGAUCUUUUUCAACGUGCACUCGGCCGUGCUUAUCGAGGACGUCCCGUUCACCGACGAGGACUUCAAGGACGGCCCCGAGCGGCUGUACGGGCUGUUCGAGCAGGUCAGCUACAACUGCUUCAUCGCCGCGGGGCUCUACGCGCUCCUGGGGGGCUUCUCCCUCUGCCAGGGGCGCCUCAACAAGCGCAAGGAGUACAUGGUGCGCUGAGAGACCCCCGCCUGGGGGCAGGGUCCCCCCGAAAACCCUCCCAAAAUACCCCAAAACCUUCCCCCCACACCCCCCCAAAGGAGCGACUUUGCGCCAGUGCCACCCAGUUGGAACCAGUUCUCCCAAUAAAAACUGCGGGGUCUUUGUGCCCCCCCCCC